AUGUCCAAGUUCAAGACAUCAACAAAAUCGAAAGCUAAACCAAAAUCCAUCAAGGAAAAGAGCAAACUUCGAUCAACUUUAAUACGAACCGGCGAUAAACAUCAUAUUCACAAACAUCCAGCACCAUCUAAAAUCAAAGCCAAACCCAAAAAUCCAAUCAUCAUAGAUUUAACAUCAUCAUCACCUCCUUCUCCUUCUCCUCCUCCUCCUCCACCAACAAAACAAACCACCACAACCCCCAAAAGAAACCCCUUCCCAUCAUCACACGAAAGAUCCCCCGGUAUAAACUCCCCGAUAACCCGAUCACUAUCACUAUCUCUCUCCUUAGCCAACAAACCCUCUAAUCUUACCCUUCCGAACCAUCCAAAACCUACUCAACCUCCUGAAUACUAUAUCCAACCAAUUCAUAUUCAAGAUAUUACUCCCGGAACAGUGGUUUGGCUUCCUUCGAAAAUAGAUAUUGUUCAUAAUGCUUUUGUGGAUCCGAAGUUACAUGUAAAUGCUUUUGAUCAUCCGGCUAUUGUUAUUAGUAUGCCGAAUUCGGCGAAUGUUUUUUCGGUCGUGGAGAUUGCUAUUAUGACAACCCUCGGUUCCCGCACCCUCCACGAAACCAAAAACCUCACACACCGCAAUCUCCUCUUCCGCGUACGUACAUCACAACUCCCAAGCGCAAAAGUAGAUAUUACAUUUAAAGAUACGAAGGGUAUGAGGGGAAAAUAUAGUUUUGUUAAUUGUAGGGAGAGUUGGCGGGUGCAGAUUGGGACUUUGGGGUUUUAUGGGAGGGGGAAAGGAAGGGAUGGGGAGAGGGGAAAAGGGAAAGAGAAGGUGGAUUGGUUGUGUUUGACUAAGGGGAGUUUGGAUAAGUUGAGGGCGAGUAUUGGGUGUGGGAUGGGGUUGUGGGGGUAA